AGUUUACAUGAGACUCUGGACAUAGUGGAGGAGAAGAAGCAGGCAGAGGUUGGGAUAGAAGAAACUCUAGUCAUAGACGAAACCAACAGAGGGAAAAUACAAGUUGCCACUGAUGCUGGGGAAGCAUGUAAGGUGGAGCAUCUGUCAAAAAAGGACUCUUCGUCAUUGCCAUCAGACAGUAGCAGCAGCAGCAGUAGUAGUGAGAGUGAGGAUGAAGAGGUGGGAGAAUACCAGCCACAUCAUAGGGCAGUUGAGGAAGUCAUCAGGGAAGAACAGGAGGAAGAGGAAGAUGUGAAAAGGAAAGAACGUGAAGAAAAAGUACAGCAUAUGGAAGCCACACCAGAAGGCAGUAAACUAAAUAUACCAGUUGAGCACACACAAGUUACAGCUGAAGAUUUGGUCAAGGAAAAUGCAGUUACUGUAGCUACAGAAGAGAAGAAUUUGUCAGAGGAAAUUAAGCAAGAUUUAGGUGAAGAAAAAGAGGAAGAACAGCUCAGACUCAAUGGAGAUGUAUCUCAUGUUGACAUUGAUGUUGCACCACAAAUAAUUUGUUGUUCUGAGCCUCCAGUAGUGAAAACAGAGAUGGUAACCAUUUCAGAUGCCACACAGAGAACUGAAAUCUCCACUAAAGAAGUUCCAAUUGUUCAAACAGAAACUAAAACUAUCACAUAUGAAUCUCCACAGUUUGAUGGCAGUGCUGGUGGCAAUGCUGGUGUGCUACUGAGUGCACAGACAAUUACAUCAGAGUCAAUUUCUACUACUACAACUACACACAUCACAAAGAUGGUAAAAGGUGGGGUAUCAGAAACAAGAAUUGAGAAGCGCAUUGUCAUUACAGGAGAUGCAGAUAUUGACCAUGAUGAGGCCCUGGCACAGGCAAUCAAAGAAGCCAAAGAACAGCACCCUGACAUGUCUGUCACAAGAGUGGUGGUACACAAAGAAACUGAACUUGCUGAGGAAGAUGAAGAGUAAAAUCAAAAAUACCCUCAAGCAAAUACUUCAGAAGUAAAAAUGAUACUGACCAUGAUCAUGACUAUGAAGAACUGUAAUCAUUCCAACUCAUCACUACUCUACCGAAUUCACCAAGCCUAGCAAUGAUGACCAGAUGUUGAAGACAUAAAUGCCAAUACCAAACUCCAUUUUAACAUCUUCGGUCUACAUUCCCUUACAAUCUUUCUUGUUUAUAUUUUAUAACCACUUCUUAACAAUCUUAGAUUUUAUUUUUUUUAGAUGAAGUUUUAGAGGGUAUGAUCUUCUUUUGCACAAAUACUUGUAUUUUUGAAGCUGAUUCCUAGUUAUAUGAAAGUGAACAAAAAAGAAGCCUAGAAAGCAUUGUUCACUGGAGCAGGUUGUAAUAGUGCAGGAAGAGGGAUCUUUUCUAAUUUAGAUAAAGUUUUUUCCAAAUGUUUCAAGUGAAAUCUCUUACUGGAGUAAUUUACAGGUUUGUUUUUGGGUUUUUUUUUUUUUUUCAGAUUAUUCAGGUGAAUAUAUGGUAUCACAUAACAAAGAUUUUUAUAAAAAUACAUUUCCUAAAAUUUGAAAAAAUAUAUUUCUUUGGAUAAAUUUUAUACUGAUAUAUCUGUAACUCUUUCUGUUCUAAGAUUCUCCUCUCUGCGGCGCAGAGAUGGUGUGCCAGUCUAUAGAGGAGGAGGAGUUGCAGACACAUUGCUUCUGGCUGAGCACUGUGUUCUUUUUGCACUUUGGUGCCAAUGCUCAACUUUUUGCAGACAUUUUGCUGUCUGCAGCAUUCCAGAUAAGGAAAGAAGAACAAAAUAUCUUUCUCUUCUUCCAACAAGAGAUGAACUAGGCAGCUUAAAACCUUAGUGCUUUUUUCUUACUGUGUCCAAACUUCAACACUUCCAUUAUUUUGAAUACACAUGUAGAAUGCUCGCUUUCUAUUAAACCUCACUGACUCCAUGUUAGAACUGACAUUUCUGUUAUUGAGAAGGUAUAUACAUUUCAGAUGCUUCGUCUAAUGGUUAAUGCAGGUUUUUAGGAUACUGAGUAAAGGUGUAUGAUGGACCCCAUUCAUAAAGAAAUAAGACAGUACCAUCAUUUGAGACUGCCAUUGAGAAAACCUGUUAAUUAUUUUGGAUUUUAAUUUUAUUUUGUUGUUGCAAGGGAGUUGUUUGUUAUGGGGUUUUUUUGCUGUUAACUCUGUGUAUAGCUAAAAUGCCAAAUUAGAUUUAUAGCAGCUUCAAGUUGUAUUAAGUGAUAUUUUGCUUUCUGUAAUUCUGUUAUGAAAUAAAGUUGUUUA